AUGGUCCUAAAAGUAUUGGCCGGCGACGAGGGGCUGAAAAAAGCUGGUAAAAAAGUACUGGAAAGCGGACCAAAUGACCACGUAUUUGUGUUUUUUGAUGACCAUGGUACUCUUGACAUAAUAUGCUUUCCUCAUAAGGCUUUAAAGGCAAUGGAUUUGCUAAAUACUUUAAAGCAAAUGCACCAUGAUAAGAAAUACGCUAAACUUGUAUUUUAUAUUAAAGCGUGCUUUUCAGGUUCAAUGUUUUACAAAAUAUUACCCACCGAUAUUAAAAUAUACGCCACCACAGCAGCCAAACCUGAUGAGGGUAGCGAUUGGUGUUAUUAUGAUGAAGACAUUAAUAAUCACGUUGGCGAUACAUAUAGUGUUAAUUGGAUGGAGAAUACAGAGUCGGCCACAAAUGAGACCUCAUUUCAAGACCAGUUUGAUUACAUUAAGACACAUACGCCCAACUCGGUUGCACAACAAUAUGGUGAUUUAUCAAUUGCAAAACUACCUAUAUCACUAUUUUUAGGCAAGUUUUCUACCAUGGUGGUGUUGGCCGUCGUACUAAUCCUGUACGCUGCGGCGAUGAUUGAUCACGUGGAUGGGGGUGGGGGUGGCAAGAAAGUUAAACGUCCUAAGCAAGUAACGUACAAGGAUUAUGACGAGGUGGCGGCAUCGGGUGCGUCGGCCACAUACCCUGUCCAGUGCUCCACACUCAGGAAGAAUGGCUUUGUCAUGAUUAAGGCCCGUCCCUGCAAGAUCAUGGAGAUGAGCACUUCCAAGACUGGCAAACAUGGUCACGCUAAGUAUGAAGACUUGUGUCCAUACACUCAUAACAUUGAUGUGCCGAAUGUGAACCGAAGUGACUUCCAGUUGAUUCAUAUCAGUGACGAUGGUUUUGUCACUUUGAAGAACGACAAGGGAGAGACUCGCGACGACCUCCGCAUCCCUGAGGGAGAAAUGGGCCAAAAAAUAAAAGACGAGUUCGGAAGAGACAACACCGUUAUUGUGACAGUGAUGUCUGCUGUGGGCGAGAAAGCGAUCAUUGCGUGUAAGAACGCCAACGCAUAGUCUUUUGCACCACAAAUUCAUUUAGUGUUUUACUGAUUAUUUUCCCAUCAAAUAAUCACCGAAAAUAUAUCUAUACAUAGAAAACACCAAACAAUUGUUUUUUAUUGUUAUUAUAACUAUAACUAAAUUGAGGCUAUUUUAGCUUUUUGCUCUAAUAAUAAACAUUCACUUUAUACGUGUCACCUCUGUGUAAGAUUUAUGAAAUAUAAAGUGAGUGCUUAUUAUUAAAGCAAUAUGCUUGACAAUACCUAACAAAUGCAUACAUAAAA